UGAAGUUCCAGGAGCGCUCGCGCUGACCGCGGUUUGAGGAGAAAUGUCAAUCAUUCAGUCGUUCGUUCCUAACCGCCUGCCGCUAUGACGUCACACGCGUGCUACCUGUCAAUCAUUCCUUCACGGCGAGCGUAAGAUGCGUGAGAAACCGCUGCUGUCCGUCCGCAAUGCUGGAUACCGACGCAGCGUCAGGUGAGGAUAACAACACUCUGUGGGCUUGAACGGUUUAGUAAUCCAGCAAGAAAUAUGGAUAAACGCGACAAGAAAGCGAAAAAGGACUCUUCGAAACGCACAGGGAAGCUGUUCCGGAGGAAAUCGUUUAAACCCGUGGAAAGUUUGGUGAAUAAGAUCUUGAAAAGUUUGGGGAGCUUGGCUAGCGGCGGAGAAACAACCGAGCGGUCGGACGCUGAGGAGGAUGAUGGUGGGUUUGGAAAAAGCGCACCUUGCGCUGGAAACCCGGGACAUGUGAUACAAGAGGACAGCAGCCAGGUGAGGAAAAGUUCCUCCGCGAAAGAGCGACUGUUCUCGCUGUACGGGGAUAAAACGCCAGGCGUGCUGGGUCUGAAGAAUCACGGGAACACCUGCUUCAUGAACGCCGUCGUGCAGUGCUUGAGCAACACGGACCUGCUCGCUGAAUACCUGUGUUUGGAGCGAUAUAAACGGGACCUGUGUCACAGGGCAAUGAACGGGUUUAUAAAGAAUGAGAACGGUCAGCAGGAGAAAGGAGAGGUUACGGAACGGCUCGCGUCUUUGGUCCGAGCGCUCUGGACUUUUCAAUACACUCCUCAACUCUCGGCUGAGUUUAAGAUGACGGUAUCUAAAUAUGGUGCACAGUUCCGGGGGAAUUCCCAGCAUGACGCUCUUGAAUUCCUGCUCUGGCUUCUGGACCGCCUCCAUGAGGACGUCAACUCAUCUUCAGCCCUACCCAAUGGGAAUAACAGAAGCAAAUCAAGAGGCAAGGGCCAAGAAGGAGGUGAUGAAAAGCCCGUCUCUGAUACCCUGACCCCACCACAGACACAGCCUGGUGUACGUCACAGCUUUGUACAAGAGCACUUCCAGGCACAAUAUAAGUCAUCUCUGACAUGCCCACAUUGUCUUAAGCAGAGCAACACGUUUGAUCCUUUUCUGUGCAUUUCCCUCCCCAUACCUCUAAGACAGACAAGACCAGUGUGUGUGACUUUGGUGUUUAGCAGUAAAGGACAGCGGUAUCUGAGAGUGGGGCUCACUGUGCCUCUCUUUGGCUCUUUGGCAUGUCUGCGCCGGAUGGUGGCAGAUGAGGGCAAGAUCUCUCCUGAUCAGGUAAUAUUGACAGAGAUCUACACAACAGGUUUCCAGCGCUCGUUCUUUGAUGGCGAUGACUUGACCAGCAUUGCAGAGAGUGACAUCAUCUAUGCCUUCCAAGCUCCACCCCUUUACAUCAGGGGUGGAUCUGCACGAAUCUCAGGGUUCCACCACAGUCUUCCGUCCUCUCCAUACACCUCGUCUGGGCCGGAGGGUCACAGACUGGCAGCGUCCGGAGCACUGUCCUCGGAGUUCCUGAACCAGGCCGAUGGGAUGGUGAAGAUCUUGCUGUUGGUGUGUAAUGCAGCCGGAGCAGGACAGCAAGCAGUGAGAUUCGGUCCUCCAUUUCUGAUGAGAGAGGACAGGUCAGUGUCGUGGGACCAGCUACAGCAGAGCAUCCUCAGUAAACUCUACUAUCUAAUGAUCAAUGGAUCACAGGCACAUAAUUUCAGGGUGUUGUUCAAGAUUCGUGUUGUUGGGGGAUCUGCAGCUUAUAGCUACCUAAAUGCACAAGACGGACGGCCACUUUAUCACCCUGCAGUGGACAGAGCUCUAAAGCUGUGCGGCUCAGGUGGGCCGCCGCAUGUGAAGCUCAUUGUUGAGUGGGAGCACAGAAUCAAAGACUGCCUGUUUGGUAACAUACAAGAGGAGGUGGUGAAGGACUCGGAAAGUGUUCGUGCUCAACAACAACACCACGUUCAAGAGCACAGCUGCACCCUGGAUGAGUGCUGUGAACUCUACACUAAAGAAGAACAAUUGGCCCCUGACGAUGCAUGGAAGUGUCCUCACUGUAAGCAGCUGCAGCAGGGCAUGGUGCAGAUGAGCUUGUGGACCCUCCCAGACAUCCUCAUCCUUCACCUCAAACGAUUCCGACAGGUGGGAGAGCGCCGUAACAAGCUCUCCACGCUGGUACACUUCCCCCUCACUGGCCUCGAUAUGGGCCGCCACAUGGUCAAGAGGAGCAACUGUGCCCGUCCACCGCCCGGCUGGAAACAACAGGCCCAUCACCAGCCUGAAGCCAGCCGACACACGCUGAACUUCCUGUACGACCUGUACGCCGUGUGUAACCAUCAUGGAGGCAUGCAUGGAGGCCAUUACACAGCAUACUGCAGGAACUCAGUGGACGGUCAGUGGUAUGCCUACGAUGACAGCAGUGUUGAGUCGGUGCCUGAGGGGGAAGUGUGCACACGUGGUGCUUAUAUCCUCUUCUAUCAGAGACGAGAUGCCAUCCCAUCCUGGUCAGCUAGCUGCUCUCUACAAGGUUCCCCCAGCUCCUCUACAUCAGACCACUGGCUCAUCCAACUGAACGCAGACAAACAAAUAUCAAAUUCAAGUAGCAAGCGGUCCAAUUCAUCUUCAGCUCCAGAGCCCCAGACACCACACAUUCCUAUCAUCCAUGAGCCUCAAAAUAAAGACAGUGAUGUAGUUGAGCCGACGCCUUUUGUACGAAGCGUCCGGGGCCACAGUAAGAGUAUGCGCUACCACUCCAAAUCCAAGACGGGCCCAAGCAAAGUUCUUCCACUGCGCUGGUCAUUUGCUUCUAAGGACCGCAGAAAGCCCUCCAGCGUCGCUCCAAAAAUCGGAAAUGACGAGCUGGUGGAGUACCUUGAGUCUGGCCGGCGGCCUCGAUGUACCAAGGAGCCCAUAGUAAGUAUCGUGGCUAGUCCUUCACAGGUCAAAGCCCAGCUUUGCAAGGACGAUUCUCUGAGUUCCCCUAGCUGUAGCAGUAGUGUGGAGCGAAGUAGUUAUCAAGGUCCGGAUUCACCCAGACUGCCCGAAGGCCAGAGCAGACCAGCAUCGGAUCUUAACGGCAUCACAUCCAAAGGCUCAUUGGCCAAAAACAUUUCAAAAAGCAGACAGGAGCACGAAAGGACUCAGGCCAGUAAGUCGCUUCAAAGUUCCCCUACUGUGCUUUUCAACGUUACUAGCAACAGUGCAUCUCAUUCAAGAGACUCCACGUUAAAACGGCUACGAAACCAGGCGGCAACGACUAGCAGGACUCAUCCCAGCCAGACUCAGACGGCCACGGGGGAAAGCAGGAGUAAAGACGGCACCAUCAUCAGCACCGCCAGACUGCAGGAUAAGGAGGUGGGUCACGGGAAGACGCUUUCCAGCAAGAGCUUGACCAAACUGUCUCUAUCCAAUGGGACUCUAAAUGGAAAGGGCAUUGAGGUGAGGAAGACCGGCACCGCUCACAGGGGCACCAGUAAAGUGGUUAACGGCAGAGAAAACCAGGUUUGUUCGAGCACAGCUGAUAUAAAACGCGCCCACAGCUCAUCCAACAUUCAGAGCAGGCUAGAUAUGACUUUGAAAAGGACGCUGUCUCUCCAAAGAAACAGUCCAUUGGUGCCGGCCCCCCAUAAAGGACUUGCGGUAGAUAAAUCCUCCUAUGCAACACUACAGAGAAUCGGAUACAGCAGCACUUCACUUGGCAGACAGAGACCUGUGCCCGAGUCCUGCUUCUGAUGGGUUUUAUCUUCACUGUGGGAAAUAGUGUUUGUAUAUAUGUUUUAUGCAUAUGACAGCAUUUAAAUAGUGCAUACUAUUGCUCUUUUGCAAAACCUAGUGAGCACUGAAAAGCAUUCUAUGCACGUUUCCAACACAAAACC